AUUUUUUUUUUUUUUGAUGUUAAUUGAAAAUUAAAAAACUAGUAAUACGCGUAGGAUGUUUGUUAUUCUUUUCUUUUUUCUUUCCCCUCUUUGAAAUCAAUCUUUAACUAAUUAAGCAGUAGAGUAUAUUAUGUAUAUACUGCUCAAAUGGGCUUCACAUAUUUGCUUUAGGAACGCAAAUUCUUGUUUUUUGAUUCGAUAUGUGGGUUCAAUUGCAAACUCUUUGUACAAUUGGAACUCAAAAAUUACUAAUUCUUUCAAGAAAGGUGAUGUUGAGGGGGCACGCAAGUUGUUUGAUGAAAUGCCUCAGAGGAAUGUAGUAACUUGGAACUGUAUGAUUUCUGGGUAUGUAACAAAUGGGAUGAUGUGUGAUGCUCAACAAGUGUUUGACACAAUGCCGAGUAGAAAUGUUGUUUCUUGGACAGCCUUGUUAAGUGGGUAUGCAAAGAAUGGGAAUUUACAAGUGGCACGGCGGAUGUUUGAUGGAAUGGAUGAUAAGAAUGUGGUUUGCUGGAAUUCAAUGAUCUCGGGGUACGUGAGCAAUGGGAGAAUAGAGGAAGGUAGAGCGUUGUUUGAUGCAAUGCGGAUUAAGAAUGAUGUAUCGUUUGGGGUUAUGAUUGAAGGAUACUUCAAGUAUGGGGAUGUGAGUGAAGCUGAGAGGUUGUUUAGUGAAGCACAAGUGAAAAGUGUGCCACUUUAUAAUGUUAUGUUAGCAGGUUAUGGUGUGAUGGGGCGGACUGAGGAUUCGUAUAAGUUAUUUAUGAGAAUGGCUAGGCGUGAUGUGGCAUCUUGGACUAGUAUGAUCACGUGUUUCUUAAGAGCCAGGGAGGUGGAGAAAGCGAGAAGGUUGUUUGAGGACAUGCCUGACAAGGAUGUUGUGGCUUGGACUGUAAUGAUUAAAGGGUAUUGUGAAAAUAAUAACGUGGAGGAGGCUGGAAAACUUUUUGCUGCAAUGCCUCAAAAGGAUAAUAUUGCAUGGAACUCAAUGCUAAGUGGUUAUCUGCAACAUGGAAGACUGAAAGAUGCUCUACACCUGUUUCAUACGAUGCCAUGGAGGAACACAGUAUCAUGGAAUUCGAUAUUGUGCGGUUUCAUCCAACAAGGCGAUAUAACUAGUGCUCGAGAGUUGUUUGAGCAGAUGCCUAGAAAAGAUGAAACCUCAUGGAACACUAUCAUUUCAGGAUAUCAAAAUGAGGAAGCUUUGGCUUUAUAUAUCCGGAUGUUGCAAAACAAUUACAAGCCAGAUCAGACCACAUUUUCCAAUGUGGUCUCGUUAUGUGGAGUUCUUGCUUUAUAUGGUUGGGGAAGAGCUUUGCAUGCCAGUGUAACUAAGAGUGGUUUUGAAAAUGAUACGAUGGUUAUGAGUGCAUUCAUAUCCAUGUACUCUAGGUGUGGAUUUAUAUAUGAAGCUUCCUCACUUUUCAGAAGUAUGAAAAAACGAGACACAAUAUCAUGGAAUGCCAUGAUUGUAGCACAAGCAUGUCAUGGUUCGGCUAAAGAAGCCCUCGAUCUUUUUCCUUCUAUGAUUCAAGCUGGAUAUGAACCAGACCAUGUAACUUUUCUUGGUGUCCUAACUGCUUGUGCUCAUUCUGGAUUAGUGGACGAGGGUUGGAGCUACUUUGUAUCAAUGGAGAGAAGGUGGAGUAUAACUCCAAAGGCUGAGCACUAUAACUGCAUGGUUGAUCUCCUUGGAAGAUCAGGGAUGCUAGCUGAAGCCUUCGAACUUAUCAAGCAAAUUCCUCUUGAUCCCCCUGCUCAUGCUCAGGAGACAUUACUUAGUUGUUGUAGAGUCCAUGAGAAUUUUGAUUUAAGUGAUCUUGUGGAACAGAAACUUCUAAGCCUUCAGCCUUCUAAUACAGGAAUAUGUGUACUUCUAUCAAAUAUGUAUUCUGCAAGAGGAAUGUGGAAAGAUGCAGCUCGAGUGAGAACACUACUUAAAAAGUAUGAUUUGAAGAAAGAAUUGGCGUGUAGCUGGAUUGAGAUAAAUGGUUGUAUUUCUCAGUUUGUUUCAAAUGACAGAUGCAAUCCUAGAGAAAUGGACAUAUACAAAGCAUUAGGAAGUCUUUCGGCAUUGAUUGAAGAUAGUGGCACAUUAGUUUAUCGGGGAUGUUAUUCAAAAUUCGGUUCUUCAGAAGAAAUUAAUGUUCGCUAACAUGUUUUUUCCCUUCAUUCCAGUCUAUAGAAGUUCCAGAGUAGAAUUUCUGGUUUCCUCUUGGUGAAUCUCUCUGGGAUUGGAAACUUACUCACUAAAAAACCAUUCAAGGUAUUGUGAAGUCUCAUCGAAAGAUGUUGCUUGAUAUCUCUGAUAGAUGCUAGCCCAGUAUGUGCUUCUAUGAGGACCUGCAACCUAAUGCUUGAUGAAAGUACACCUGUGAUAGACACACUUAGGGUGCAAUUAUUGGUGAUAGCUCCGCGUUUUGGAAGCUCUUGCAGACGAUAAAUUUCCCAAUGUUAGAGGAACUUUGGACUGGAUACUAGUAAGUUUUCACAUACAAGGAAAACAGGUUAACCAAAAAAAGUAAAGGAAAAGAAAAAAGAAAAGUAAAAAGAGAGAUCUUGAUUGCAUGAUCUCCAUUAGAGAAGGAGGAGGAGGUGGAGAAGGAAGAAUCUGAAUGAGAGAAAACUGACGACAAUGAAAGAAAAGUAGAGAACAUAUUAGAGUAAGGAAAAGGAAAAGAAAGUAGAGAAGAAAAGAAACAACGG